CCAAAUACGCCGGCUGCGAGUACCGAACUACCUCGAACCGCGAUCCAGGACCUAAGUCGAGCGGGAUGACGCGGAAAAAAUGUGUGUCGUAUCAACGUGGCUGAUGAGGCUGAAAUCAAGCCUCUCACGCACCACAGUAGGUCUUAGAGGAUGCACAAGUUAGCCAAGGGGCUGAAGAAGAAGAAAAAGCCGAAGAAGGGCAAGAAGGGAGCAGAGGAAGAGGAGUUUGAUCCGGAAGAGCUCGAGCGUUAUCGGCGCGAGCGGGCAGAGGCCCAACAGAAAGCCGAGGAAGCCGGCGAAACAGCCAAAGGUACCGGAUCUGACGAGUGGAAAAAGUUCCAGGCUUUGACUGCUGGCGUCGAUUCGGUUUUGAAGAAGACUCAAAAUGAUCUCGAUCGGAUAAAAUCUACUUCAUUCUUCCAGCGAAAAGCGCCGUUGGAAGAGAAGAAACCAGAGGAGGCAAAGCAAGAGGACUCCAACAAAUCAUCCUCAAAGAGGUGGAUAGGCUUCGACAAGGAGGGUAAUCCAAUCGAAGCUGCACCGCCGGAGAUCGAUGGUCAAGAAACAAAGGAAGAAAAAUCACUCGUUAACGAGGAUGGUUUUGUAGACGUACCAGAAGACGAAGAUGAACAAGAGGAUUCCGCCGAUGAGGAUAUCUUCGACACCACUUACGUCGACGUUCUUCAAAACAUCGAUGUUCAAUUAGCUUACAUACCAGACAGUCCGACUGAGGAAGAGACUGGGGACGAUCCCUUUGACACUACCAAUGCCGACAAGGUUCUUCGGACUGUCGAUAAAAAGGGCAAUAAGCUAGUUAGUUUAGGCAAUGCUGUUGAGGUAUUAUCGGGAAGAAUCGAUUAUGUAAGCACUUGCAAGAUCACCAAAGGAAGGAGACCUCGAAUUCAACAAGAUCUAUUGUUAGACGAUUUUGACGAGGCGGAACAGCCGUUGGCGGAAACUGUAGCGGAACCGACAGAAGUAGAAAAGACUUUAUUAGAUGAUGAUAGCGAUCUUCCCGAUAUUCCGGUUGAUUUGACGAAAUUACCACCUGUGCUACCAAGACCAGUCAGCCCCGUUAUUCCUACAGUUAUUCAAGAGAAUUCAGCCUCGACUGAGAAAACAUCGAAUGGUCCACUUGAUAUUUCUGAAUUCGAAAUUUUGAAGGAGAAAACGAUCUUAGAAGAAAUUCCUGACUUAGAUGACGCUGAAUUUGAUUUAAACGCUUCGCCAAAUGAUUCGACUUAUCUCAAGGAAGCCGAUGAUCCAUUUGCCACGAAGGAGCCCGAAACAACCGAUUUUCAGACAGAGAUAAUUGAGGCCAGCUUCGAAGCGGCUACCUUUGUCGACGAAGCCGAUCCGUUUGAUACUACAUUCGCGGAUAAUAUAUUACCAGGUAAAACAGAGCUAAAAUUUAUUGAGAAAGAACUUGAAGAAUUGCCUGUCUCGGAAGUAUCCAUAUCACUAACUGAUCCCGCUGGUUUUAACAGAGAUUACGAAACUGGCCUGUUGAAGUUAGAUGGUGAACAGAAAAAUGAUCAUAACAGUUUGCUAUCAAAGAAGGACUUGUUAGGCGGUUCGACCACUGAUCUUAGUCAAUUGGCGGAUGAACCAAUAGCGCCUAUUGAGGAUAUCACUUACGUUGAUCCUUUUGAUACGUCUGCAGUGAAAGAGCUUCCACCCGGCAAAACAGAACUCAAGGUUUUAGAAAAAGAAUUACUUGGUGAGCAAUCUAACAGUUGCGUCGAGGAUGAUAAUGACUUUGAUCCAAGGAAAGAUGAGGCAUCAGUAAAGCAGCUACCUACAAAACCGCCACCACCUAGACCAUCUGCACCUGUUAAAUUUGCGCCAGUUGAGCCUGUGUUUACUGUUAACUUUGAGGAGGACGAGAAAGUCGAAGCAACUCCAACGAAUCUCGAGAGAAAGACUUCCCGGCCGGAAGUUCUUGAACUAGCUCCAACCAAAGCUGUUGCGUUUGAAUUGCCGACGCCGUCAAAGAGACCCGACCUUCUCGCGACUACCGAAGAGGAGAAGACACUACCCUCUAAACCGCUGACACCGUACUAUUCCCAGAAGUCAAUAGAAGAGUCAUUACCAACAGAGGACGAUGAAGUAGAUGUCGAUCCAUUCGACACGAGUUUCGUCAAUAACGUCGCGCCAGGCAAGACCGAGCUCAAGCUCAUUGAGUCAGAAUUGUUGAGGCAAGAACCCAAGUUGCCUCAUAGUUUGAGUGAUCACGACUUUGAUCCGAGAUCUACCGCAGAACCAAUCAGAAGACAGAGCGAUUUCACGGCUACCUCGGUCACACCGAGCAAUUUAAAACUUGUGCAGCUACAAUCGUUGAUACAAAAAGUCGAAGAGGAAGUGAUACCAAAACAAGAACCUCACAGACAGGAGAGCAUUUUGGAUGCGGAAAUCGAAGUCGAUGCAAAACCUCUGACACCUAGAAUCGAGAGUAAAUCUAUCGUGGAAGAGGAGAUUUCCUAUUCGGAUCCUUUCGACACUUCUAUCGCGACGAACAUUCUGCCUGGUAAAGCAGAGUUGAAGAUAUUGGAAAGUGAAUUACAGCAAAUUCCUCAACAACCACCGCGCUCUAUUGUUCUACCUACGGUGGUACCCAUUGUAGCAUCGACAAUCCCAGAAAUCGACGACUUCGAUCCUAGAGCGGAAGAAGUAAAGGAGUCCAAAGAUUUUUUGUUUUUAGACGGACAAGAUCCCGGCGACAAAGUGUUGACGCCGCUUCAAAAUAAAGAUCUUACUUUGGACGACGACGUGGAUCCCUUCGAUACUAGCUUCGCUACUAUCGAGCCUGGGCGGACCGAACUGAAAUUGCUCGAAUCCGAACUGAUGAACUAUAUAAAGCUUAAAUCCUUAUGCUCUACUUAUGUCAUCAAUUCAAUCAUGGAUUCCAAGGGUGGUAAUCCGUUCUUAAUGGACGAUUAUGCAACAGAACCGGGAGGUGGUUUACCUCCGCAGGCUUCUAAUCCUUUUCUCCAAGAUUUCACUGACGCGGCAACUUCCGGCGCAGGUGAGAAUCCUUUUUUAAAUUUUGGCAGCGAUCAAACAGCAUACGAACCACCGAUAUCCGUCGAUUCUACUAAUCCAUUUGCCUCCUUUGGCAUUGAAAGUACCGCUCCGAAUACCGGAUUCGGAGCGAUCGCCGACACUAAUACGCCAGCAACCAACGUCUUCACUAGCCAAUCAUCAAAUAUUUUCGUCACGUCCGAUAAUACGAAUGUAGAUCUAUUUGGUACGAUGACGACGACAACAGCUGAGAAACAACCGACGACGAUCGUUAGUCCGCCUCAACCAUCUCCAGCGGCAACACCUCCGUCGAAAAAUGGAAAACCGCCGCCAUCAAGACCACCUCCACCGAGACCACAACCACCACCGAUACCGCAUCCACCGGUACAACCACCUGCCAAGAACACGAAGGAUCUGAUAUUGUCAGUUACGGGAGCAAUGGACGCUACCUCAAACCAUCUUCUGGAUCGUUUGCAAGCAACUAGAACGCCCAGUCCCACGCUGAUACACUCCCCGUCACCUACUCCGGAGCACAGCUUUGCCGAUCUUCUGGACGUCGACAGCAAUGUGCCAGAUCUGAUCCCAGAUGAUAAAGUUGUUGAACUGCCAAAAAAUCAAGACAUCAUGGAUCUCUUUGAUGCACCUUCUGAAGUCACCUCGACCGGUAUCUUCUCUACUUCCAUGACCACUACGGAUACUACCAGUCUUAUCACUGGAGUUUCGAUGACUGCUACUACCAAAGACAAUCCCUUCGCAAGUAUGAGCGAAGAGGCACUGGUACCGCAAGCGCAGCCUAUUUUUGGAAUGGAAUAUCCGGAAGAUAUUAUUAGUAACGAGAAACGGCCUUCAGUGACUUCUGCGACUCCUUUCGCGGUCAUAGAAACAGACAUUAGACAAGGUACUGUCUUGGACCUCACGGAAUCUGUCCCUGCGAUUCAACCUACGUUGACAGCAGCUACUGAACUUUUCCAAGGAGUAGAACAGGUUUCUACCGAUGCUGAUGCGAACUUUUUCUCCAUGACCAAUACAACCACGAUAACGCCCUUCGGCAUAAUCGAAACCACGUCCGCACCCUUCGCAGCUGCAGUUCAGCCUUUAUUUGCUCCAUCGGAAGUCACACAGUCAGCCUUUGCCUCGGAUCUAUUAGGUGAUUUCGAAGAACCGACCAAGAAGGUCAGCAGUGGCCUGAUCUCCACCAGUCCGACUCCUGGAACAGAAUUUCCUGGAAACGAGACUUACAGGCCCGAAGAACAAUUGGAUAACUUCGCCGCUACGACGAAGGCGAUCGAGGAUACUGGUGACUCAUUCGAUGCUUUUGCGUCCAAAUUUGAUAGGGCUGCUGAACCAGAAACCAAUGGCGGAGAUCCUUUCUUGGAUGCCUUCGGUGGCGGACCAAUCGCUAUGGACACUUCCAGCGAUGUUUGGGGAGACUCAUCAGCAGCUGGCUCGGAAGCGACGAUCACUGGUUUUGGAGAAUCUGAUGGUUUUGAUUCUUUCUUGAGUAUGACGGCUCCACCACCGGAUACGAAAGUAAAAAGAGCUGAGUCUGCGGAAUCGGACGAGGGACCCGAUUUCAGUGUGUUUAUCAAACCAAAAGAAGGAGAUCAGAUAACAGCAGAAGGCGGACCUGUACCUACGUUAGCGCCGCCGCCAAAAAGUCCGCAGAUCGCUGCGUAUACAGAUUCCUCGCCACGUUUCAAUCCCUUUGAUAAAUCUGGAAUCGCGCAGGAUGCUGUGGUAUCUGAAACUGCACAGACAGCCGAAAUGGCUAGGACAGAUUCUCAGGAAACCCCGCCUACUCCUUUAUUUGAUGAGGAUGUUAGCCAACCGCUUGAGGAUUUCCCGCGGAUAACUUACACCGGCGAUGGUUGGGAGAUGCAAUUGCGACAGCCGAACAAAAAGAAAAUCACAGGGCAACGUUUCUGGAAGAAGAUCUUUGUCAAACUGGUUUAUCAGGGUGACAAUCCGAGUCUACAGUUGUUCAAUAAUAAAGACGACAAAGAUCCGUUUCAAGAAUUACCUCUGCUCGCUUGUUAUUCGGUGUCGGACAUCGGCGCUCAACAAUUUGAUCAGUACGGGAAGAUCUUUACAGUGAAGCUACAAUACAUCUUCUAUAAGGAAAGACCUGGCGUGCGACCUGGCCAGGUUACGAAGGCGGAACGGCUUACAAACAAACUCAGCCAGUUCGCAGCGUAUGCUAUUCAAGGGGAUUAUCAAGGCGUCAAAGAGUUUGGGAGUGAUUUGAAGAAAUUGGGUCUUCCUGUUGAACACGCACCUCAGAUCUCUCAGUUAUUCAAACUUGGUUCCCAAUGUUACGAGGACAUGAAACAAUUUUCUUGUGCUAUCGAGGAAGCACUCUUCAGGUUACCGGCGCAUCGUGAUCGGGCUCUAACUUACAAAAUGGAAGAAGUUCAGGUAACAGUCGUGGAUGAGCUGUAUGUCGAGCAGAACGCAGAGGGUCAUGUAGACAAGCAAAUCGCACGUGUUCGUCUUUUCUUCCUGGGUUUCCUUUCUGGUAUGCCCGACAUAGAAUUAGGAAUAAAUGAUAUGUGGCGACAAGGUAAAGAGGUUGUUGGUAGGCAUGAUAUCAUCCCCGUCGUAACGGAAGAAUGGAUUCGCCUGGAGAACGUCGAGUUCCAUUCAUGCGUUCAGCAGGAUGAGUACGAAAAAUCAAGGAUAAUAAAGUUCAAGCCACCUGAUGCAUGUUACAUUGAACUGAUGCGGUUUCGCGUAAGACCGCCUAAAAAUAGAGAACUACCGCUUCAGCUAAAAGCUGUUAUGUGCGUUACCGGGAACAAGGUGGAGCUGAGAGCAGACAUUCUCGUGCCUGGUUUUGCAUCCAGAAAAUUGGGCCAAAUACCAUGCGAAGACGUGAUGGUUCGCUUUCCUAUACCUGAGUGUUGGAUCUAUCUCUUUAGGGUGGAGAAACACUUCAGAUAUGGUUCGGUAAAAUCAGCACAUAGAAGAACAGGAAAGAUUAAGGGAAUUGAGAGAUUCUUGGGUGCUGUCGAUACUUUGGAACCGCAACUGAUGGAAGUAACUUCCGGCCAGGCGAAAUAUGAGCAUCAACAUCGUGCUAUCGUAUGGAGGAUGCCCAGGUUGCCAAAAGAGGGUCAAGGUGCGUACACGACGCAUCAGCUGGUUUGCCGUAUGGCUCUCACCUCUUACGAUCAGAUCCCCGAAAAUCUUUCGGAAUAUUGUUACGUAGAGUUUACAAUGCCGGCGACACAAGUAUCUCAUACGACUGCGAGGAGCGUCAGUCUCCAGAACAGUGACAGUGAUGCGCCCCCAGAGAAGUAUGUUCGAAAUUUGUCGCGUCACGAAUACAGGGUAGGGAUUGAGCAUACGCAAGGUGAAGGGCCGGGUGCGUAUGUCUCGGCGACGAUCGCAACGAAAAAAAUCCCUGAGACCAUGCCAGAAGUUCAAGAAACGCCCGACGCACCGGCCGAAUCUGAUUCCGAUUCUUCAGAGUAACAUGAAUAAUCGGUGGAUAAGUCAAUGUUGAUUGAUUGUCUCCGCGUUGCAAUAAUUAAUACAGUAAGCGCCAAAAAAAUGCGACUCUUACAACUAACAUUUCAAUUAUCGGUUUAGUUAAAUAAAAUGAGUAGCC